AGCCAGGGAGCCAGGCGCCGCAAGCCACGCCGUCCCAGAGCCCGUGCCUGAGCCUGCCUGCCCUGCAGCGGGCCUCUGUUGCACCCUGUGCUGAGGGAGCCUCCUCAGGCCUCCUCUCUGUGCCCUGCUGGCCGCCCUUGCCCGUGGGCACACCCGGCUCCCCUGCAACCAUGGUGGCUGGCAUGCUCCUGCCGCUGGACCAGUUGCGGGCCAUCUACGAGGUUCUCUUCCGUGAGGGUGUGAUGGUGGCCAAGAAGGACCGGCGGCCUUGCAGCCUGCACCCCCACGUGCCCGGUGUCACCAACCUGCAGGUCAUGCGCGCCAUGGCUUCCCUGAGGGCUCGGGGCAUGGUGAGGGAGACCUUUGCCUGGCGCCACUUUUACUGGUACCUCACCAACGAAGGCAUCACCCACCUGCGCCAGUACCUGCACCUGCCGCCGGAGAUCGUACCUGCCUCUCUGCAGCGUGUGCGCCGCCCUGUCGCCAUGGUGAUGCCUGCACGCCGCAGCCCCCAUGUGCAGGCUGUGCAGGGUCCCUUGGGCCCUCUGCCCAAGCGGGGGCAACUGCCGGCUGAGAGCCCUGCCCGUGAGGAGCAGCGGGUGUACCGCCGGAAGGAGCCUGAGGAAGGGACACCUGAAACCCCUGUGGUGCCUGCCACCACCCUGGGGACCCUGGCCACACCAGGCCCAGAGCCUGCCCCAACCACAGAUGAGCGGGACCGUGUGCAGAAGAAAACCUUCACCAAGUGGGUCAACAAGCACCUCAUCAAGCACUGGAGGGUAGAGGCCCAGAGGCACAUCAGUGAUCUAUAUGAAGACCUCCGAGAUGGCCACAAUCUCAUCUCCCUGCUGGAGGUCCUCUCGGGGGACAGCCUGCCCCGGGAGAAGGGCAGGAUGCGCUUCCACAAGUUACAGAAUGUCCAGAUUGCCCUGGAUUACCUCCGGCACCGCCAGGUGAAGCUGGUGAACAUCAGGAAUGAUGACAUUGCUGAUGGCAACCCCAAGCUGACCCUCGGCCUGAUCUGGACAAUUAUUCUGCACUUCCAGAUCUCGGACAUCCAGGUGAGCGGGCAGUCGGAGGACAUGACAGCCAAGGAGAAGCUGCUGCUGUGGUCACAGCGCAUGGUAGAGGGCUACCAGGGCCUGCGCUGUGACAACUUCACUUCCAGCUGGCGCGAUGGCCGCCUCUUCAAUGCCAUCAUCCACCGGCAUAAGCCCAUGCUCAUCGACAUGAACAAGGUAUACCGUCAGAGCAACCUGGAGAACCUGGACCAGGCCUUCUCUGUGGCAGAGCGGGACCUGGGAGUGACUCGGCUCCUGGACCCAGAGGAUGUGGAUGUGCCUCAGCCCGAUGAGAAGUCCAUCAUCACCUACGUCUCAUCCCUGUAUGACGCCAUGCCUCGAGUGCCAGAUGCACAGGAUGGGGUGAGGGCCAAUGAGCUGCAGCUUCGCUGGCAGGAGUACCGGGAGCUGGUGCUGCUGCUGCUACAGUGGAUCAGGCACCACACAGCUGCCUUUGAGGAGCACAAGUUCCCUUCCAGCUUUGAGGAGAUUGAGAUCUUGUGGUGCCAGUUCUUGAAGUUUAAGGAAACAGAGCUUCCAGCCAAGGAGGCAGACAAGAACCGGUCUAAGGGCAUCUACCAGUCCCUGGAGGCCGCGGUGCAGGCAGGCCAGCUCAAGGUGCCCCCUGGCUACCACCCGCUGGACGUGGAGAAGGAGUGGGGCAAGCUGCACGUGGCCAUCCUGGAGAGGGAGAAGCAGCUCCGGAGCGAGUUUGAGAGGCUGGAGUGUCUUCAGCGCAUAGUGAGCAAGUUGCAGAUGGAGGCUGGACUGUGUGAGGAGCAGCUGAACCAGGCCGACGCCCUGCUGCAGUCGGAUGUCCGGCUACUGGCCACAGGCAAAGUGCCACAGCGCGCGGGAGAGGUGGAACGGGACCUGGACAAGGCAGAUGGCAUGAUCCGGCUGCUAUUCAAUGAUGUGCAGACCCUCAAGGAUGGACGGCACCCACAGGGCGAGCAGAUGUACCGCAGGGUGUACCGCCUGCACGAACGCCUGGUGGCCAUUCGCACCGAGUACAACCUCCGGCUGAAGGCAGGCGUGGCUGCCCCUGUGACCCAGGUGACCCAGGUGACGCUGCAGAGUGUGCAGAGGCGCCCUGAGCUCGAGGAUUCCACCCUGCGCUACCUGCAGGACUUGCUGGCCUGGGUGGAGGAGAACCAGCGACGGGUGGAUGGUGCUGAGUGGGGUGUGGACCUGCCUAGCGUGGAGGCACAGCUGGGUGGCCACCGUGGCCUGCAUCAGUCCAUCGAGGAAUUCCGGGCCAAAAUCGAGCGGGCGCGGAGUGAUGAGGGCCAGCUCUCCCCUGCCACCCGGGGUGCCUACCGUGACUGCCUCGGCCGGCUGGACCUGCAGUAUGCCAAGCUGCUGAACUCCUCCAAGGCCCGCCUCCGGUGCCUGGAGAGCCUGCAUAACUUUGUGGUGGCAGCCACCAAGGAGCUGAUGUGGCUAAACGAGAAGGAAGAGGAGGAGGUGGCCUUUGACUGGAGUGAGCGCAAUGCCAACAUGGUUGCCAAGAAGGAGAGCUACUCGGCCCUGAUGCGUGAGCUGGAGCUGAAGGAAAAGAAAAUCAAGGAGCUCCAGAAUACUGGCGACCGGCUGCUGCGGGAGGACCACCCUGCUCGGCCCACAGUAGAGUCCUUCCAGGCUGCCCUGCAGACCCAGUGGAGCUGGAUGCUACAGUUGUGCUGCUGCAUCGAGGCGCACCUGAAGGAGAACACCGCCUACUUCCAGUUUUUCUCAGAUGUGCGGGAGGCUGAGGAGCAGUUGCAGAAGCUGCAGGAGACGCUGCGCAGGAAGUACAGCUGCGACCGCUCCAUCACCGUCACCCGGCUCGAGGACCUGCUGCAGGAUGCCCAGGAUGAGAAGGAGCAGGUGAACGAGUACAAGGGCCACCUCGCAGGCCUGGCCAGGAGAGCCAAGGCUAUUGUGCAGCUGAAGCCCCGCAAUCCAGCCUACCCUGUGCGGGGCCACGUGCCCCUGCUGGCUGUGUGUGACUACAAGCAGGUGGAGGUGACCGUGCACAAGGGUGAUGAAUGCCAACUGGUGGGCCCUGCACAGCUGUCCCACUGGAAGGUGCUUAGCAGCUCUGGCAAUGAGGCUGCUGUGCCCUCUGUGUGCUUCCUCGUGCCGCCACCCAACCAGGAGGCCCAGGAGGCCGUCACCAGGCUGGAGGCCCAGCACCAGGCCUUGGUUGCAUUGUGGCACCAGCUGCACGUGGACCUGCGGAGCCUUCUGGCGUGGCAGAACCUCAGCCGAGAUGUGCAGCUCAUCCGCUCCUGGUCCCUGGUCACGUUCCGCACGCUGAAGCCAGAAGAGCAGCGCCAAGCCCUGCGCAACCUGGAGCUGCACUACCAGGCCUUCCUGCGGGACAGCCAGGAUGCUGGUGGCUUUGGGCCUGAGGACCGGUUGAUAGCCGAGCGCGAGUAUGGCUCCUGCAGCCGCCACUACCAGCAGCUGCUACAGAGCCUGGAGCAAGGUGAGCAGGAGGAGUCUCGCUGUCAGCGCUGCAUCUCAGAGCUCAAGGACAUCCGACUGCAGCUGGAGGCCUGGGAGACUCGCACUGUGCACCGCCUGCGGUUGCCACUAGAUAAAGAGCCAGCCCGGGAAUGUGCCCAGCGCAUCGCUGAGCAGCAGAAAGCACAGGCUGAAGUGGAGGGGCUGGGCAAGGGGGUUGCCCGGCUCUCCUCGGAGGCCGAGAAGGUCCUGGCCCUGCCUGAGCCAUCGCCGGCUGCCCCCACUCUGCGCUCGGAGCUGGAGCUGACACUCGGCAAGCUGGAGCAGGUGCGCAGCCUGUCUGCCAUCUACCUGGAGAAGCUCAAGACCAUCAGCCUGGUGAUCCGCAGCACACAGGGGGCAGAGGAGGUGCUCAGAGCCCACGAGGGGCAGCUCAAGGAGGCCCAGGCUGUGCCUGCCACCACUGCAGAGCUUGAGGCGACCAAGGCUGCACUGAAGAAGCUACGGGCCCAGGCAGAGGCGCAGCAGCCUGUGUUUGACGCUGUGCGGGAUGAGCUGCGGGGGGCACAGGAGGUGGGUGAGCGGCUGCAGCAGCAGCACAGCGAGCGGGAUGUGGAGGUAGAGCGCUGGCGGGAGCGGGUCACCCAGCUGCUGGAGCGCUGGCAGGCUGUGCUGGCCCAGAUCGACGUGCGGCAGCGUGAACUUGAGCAGCUGGGCCGUCAGCUGCGUUACUACCGUGAGAGUGCGGACCCGCUGGGUGCCUGGCUACAGGACGCCCGUCAGCGGCAGGAGCAGAUCCAGGCCAUGCCGCUGGCUGACAGCCGGGCUGUGAGGGAGCAGUUGCGGCAGGAGAAGGCCCUGCUGGAGGAGAUUGAGCGACACAGCGAGAAAGUCGAGGAGUGCCAGAGGUUUGCGAAGCAGUACAUCAAUGCCAUCAAGGACUACGAGCUCCAGCUGGUCACAUACAAGGUGCAGCUUGAGCCAGUGGCCUCCCCAGCCAAGAAGCCCAAGGUCCAGUCUGGAUCAGAGAGCGUCAUCCAAGAGUAUGUGGACCUGCGCACACGCUACAGCGAGCUGACCACACUCACGAGCCAAUAUAUCAAAUUCAUCAGCGAGACUCUGCGGCGCAUGGAGGAGGAGGAGAGGCUGGCUGAGCAGCAGCGGGCAGAGGAGCGGGAGCGGCUGGCCGAGGUGGAGGCUGCGCUGGAGAAGCAGCGGCAGCUGGCUGAGGCACACGCCCAGGCAAAGGCUCAGGCAGAGCGGGAGGCACAGGAGCUGCAGCAGCGCAUGCAGGAGGAGGUGGUACGGCGGGAGGAGGCGGCGGUGGAUGCGCAGCAGCAGAAGCGUAGCAUCCAGGAGGAGCUGCAGCAUCUGCGGCAGAGCUCGGAGGCAGAGAUCCAGGCCAAGGCCCAGCAGGUGGAGGCGGCUGAACGUAGCCAGCUGCGCAUCGAGGAGGAGAUCCGCAUUGUGCGCCUGCAGCUGGAGGCAACUGAGCGCCAGCGCAGUGGGGCAGAGGGGGAGCUGCAAGCACUGCGCGCGCGGGCAGAAGAAGCUGAGGCGCAGAAGCGGCAGGCACAGGAGGAGGCCGAGCGCUUGCGGAAGCAGGUGCAGGACGAGAGCCAACGCAAGCGGCAGGCAGAGGCAGAGCUGGCCCUGCGCGUGAAGGCCGAGGCUGAGGCAGCUCGAGAGAAGCAGCGGGCCCUGCAGGCACUGGAGGAGCUGCGGCUGCAGGCUGAGGAGGCAGAGCGGCGGCUGCGGCAGGCCGAGGCAGAGCGGGCACGCCAGGUACAGGUGGCCCUGGAGACAGCCCAGCGCAGCGCGGAGGUGGAGCUACAGAGCAAGCGUGCCUCCUUCGCAGAGAAGACAGCGCAGCUGGAGCGCACUCUGCAGGAGGAACACGUGGCAGUGGCACAGCUGCGGGAGGAGGCUGAACGGCGGGCGCAGCAGCAGGCAGAGGCUGAGCGUGCCCGCGAGGAGGCAGAGCGUGAGCUGGAGCGCUGGCAGCUGAAGGCCAAUGAGGCGCUCAGGCUGCGGCUGCAGGCAGAGGAGGUGGCGCAGCAGAAGAGCCUGGCACAGGCUGAGGCUGAGAAGCAGAAAGAGGAGGCAGAGCGUGAGGCGCGGCGACGCGGGAAAGCGGAGGAGCAGGCCGUGCGCCAGCGGGAACUGGCCGAACAGGAGCUGGAGAAGCAGCGGCAGCUGGCAGAGGGCACUGCGCAGCAGCGCCUGGCCGCGGAGCAGGAGCUGAUCCGGCUGCGGGCUGAGACAGAGCAGGGGGAGCAGCAGCGGCAGCUGUUGGAGGAGGAGCUUGCCCGGCUGCAGCGCGAGGUGGCCGCAGCCACGCAGAAGCGCCAGGAGUUGGAGGCCGAGCUGGCCAAGGUGAGGGCUGAGAUGGAGGUGCUGCUGGCCAGCAAGGCACGGGCCGAGGAGGAGUCGCGCUCCACCAGUGAGAAGUCUAAGCAGAGACUGGAGGCUGAGGCCAGCCGGUUCCGUGAGCUGGCUGAGGAAGCUGCCCGCCUGCGUGCCCUGGCGGAGGAGGCCAAGCGGCAGCGGCAACUGGCUGAGGAGGAUGCAGCACGGCAGCGGGCCGAGGCAGAGCGUGUGCUUGCCGAGAAGCUGGCUGCCAUCAGUGAGGCCACGCGGCUUAAGACGGAGGCGGAGAUCGCGCUCAAGGAGAAGGAGGCAGAGAAUGAGCGCCUGCGACGGCUGGCAGAAGAUGAGGCCUUCCAGCGGCGGCGGCUAGAGGAGCAGGCUGCGCAGCACAAGGCUGACAUAGAGGAACGCCUGGCCCAGCUGCGUAAGGCAUCGGAGAGUGAGCUGGAGCGGCAGAAGGGGUUGGUGGAGGACACACUGCGGCAGCGGCGGCAGGUAGAGGAAGAGAUCCUGGCACUGAAGGCAAGCUUUGAGAAGGCAGCUGCUGGCAAGGCGGAGCUGGAGCUAGAGCUGGGGCGCAUUCGCAGUAACGCUGAGGACACUCUGCGCAGCAAGGAACAGGCCGAGAUGGAGGCUGCACGGCAGCGGCAGUUGGCAGCUGAGGAGGAACAGCGGCGCCGCGAGGCAGAGGAGCGCGUGCAAAAGAGCCUGGCGGCCGAGGAGGAAGCUGCACGGCAGCGCAGGACAGCACUGGAGGAAGUAGAGCGACUCAAAGCCAAGGUGGAAGAGGCGCGGCGCCUGCGGGAGCGAGCAGAACAGGAGUCAGCCCGGCAGCUGCAGCUAGCCCAGGAAGCUGCCCAGAAGCGACUGCAGGCAGAGGAGAAGGCUCAUGCCUUCGCAGUGCAGCAGAAGGAGGAGGAGCUGCAGCAGACACUGCAGCAAGAGCAGAGCAUGCUGGAGCGGCUGCGUAGUGAGGCUGAGACGGCGCGGCGAGCGGCCGAGGAGGCAGAGGCGGCACGAGAGCAGGCCGAGCGUGAGGCGGCACAGUCUCGGCGGCAGGUGGAAGAGGCCGAGCGGCUGAAGCAGUCAGCAGAGGAGCAGGCACAGGCCCGGGCACAGGCGCAGGCUGCUGCAGAGAAACUGCGCAAGGAGGCCGAGCAAGAAGCAGCACGGCGGGCACAGGCAGAACAGGCAGCCUUGCGGCAGAAGCAGGCAGCUGAUGCAGAGAUGGAGAAACACAAGAAGUUUGCUGAGCAGACGCUGCGACAGAAGGCACAGGUGGAGCAGGAACUAACGACACUGCGGCUGCAGCUGGAGGAGACCGACCACCAGAAGAGCCUCCUGGAUGAAGAGCUGCAGCGGCUAAAGGCGGAGGCAACAGAAGCCACCCGCCAGCGCAACCAGGUGGAGGAGGAGCUCUUCUCGGUGCGCGUACAGAUGGAGGAGCUGGGCAAGCUCAAGGCUCGCAUUGAGGCGGAGAACCGCGCACUCAUCUUGCGUGACAAGGACAACACACAGCGCUUCCUGCAGGAGGAGGCCGAGAAGAUGAAGCAGGUGGCAGAGGAGGCUGCACGACUGAGCAUAGCAGCUCAGGAGGCUGCACGGCUGCGGCAGUUGGCGGAGGAAGACCUGGCACAACAGCGGACCCUGGCUGAGAAGAUGCUCAAGGAGAAGAUGCAGGCAGUACAGGAGGCCACGCGGCUCAAGGCCGAGGCUGAGCUGCUGCAGCAACAAAAAGAGCUGGCGCAGGAGCAGGCUCGGAGGCUGCAGGAGGACAAGGAGCAAAUGGCACAGCAGCUGGCACAGGAGACGCAGGGUUUCCAGCGGACGUUGGAAGCAGAGCGGCAGCGGCAGCUGGAGAUGAGCGCCGAGGCUGAGCGCCUCAAGCUGCGUGUGGCUGAGAUGAGCCGGGCCCAGGCCCGUGCUGAGGAGGACGCCCAGCGUUUCCGGAAGCAGGCAGAGGAGAUUGGUGAGAAGCUGCAUCGCACAGAGCUUGCCACGCAGGAAAAGGUGACACUGGUGCAGACGCUUGAGAUCCAGCGGCAGCAGAGUGACCAUGAUGCUGAGCGCCUGCGGGAGGCCAUCGCUGAGCUGGAGCGUGAGAAGGAGAAGCUUAAGCAGGAGGCCAAAUUGCUGCAGCUCAAGUCCGAAGAGAUGCAGAUGGUACAGCAGGAGCAGCUGUUGCAGGAAACACAGGCCCUGCAACAGAGUUUCCUCUCGGAGAAAGACAGCCUGCUACAGCGUGAGCGCUUCAUUGAGCAGGAGAAGGCCAAGCUGGAGCAGCUCUUCCAGGAUGAGGUGGCCAAGGCACAGCAGCUGCGCGAGGAGCAGCAGCGGCAGCAGCAGCAGAUGGAGCAGGAGCGGCAGCAGCUGGUGGCCAGCAUGGAGGAGGCACGGCGGCGUCAGCGUGAGGCGGAGGAGGGCGUACGGCACCAGCAGGAGGAGCUGCAGCGGCUGGAGCAGCAGCGGCGACAACAGGAGAAGCUGCUGGCUGAGGAGAACCAGAGGCUGCGUGAGCGGCUGCAGCGCCUGGAGGAGGAGCACCAGGCUGCACUUGCACACUCCGAGGAGGUUGCUGCCUUACAGGCGGCAACCUCAAAGGCCCUGCCCAAUGGUCGGGAUGCUCCCGAUGGUCCAGCUGUGGAGGUGGAGCCUGAGUACACCUUCGAUGGCCUUCGGCGGAAGGUGCCAGCCCAGUGGCUGCAGGAGGCAGGCAUCCUGAGCACGGAUGAGUUGCAGCGUCUGGCGCAGGGCCACACCACAGUGGCUGAGCUUGCACGGCGGGAGGACGUGCACCAGUACCUGCAGGGCCGCAGCAGCAUUGCAGGGCUGCUGUUGAAGCCCACCAACGAGAAGCUGAGUGUCUACACGGCCCUGCAGAGGCAGCUGCUGAGCCCCGGCACAGCCCUCAUCUUGCUUGAGGCCCAGGCAGCCUCAGGCUUUCUGCUGGACCCUGUGCGAAACCGGCGGCUGACAGUCAAUGAGGCUGUGAAAGAGGGUGUUGUGGGCCCUGAGCUGCACCACAAGCUGCUGUCAGCCGAGCGUGCCGUCACUGGCUACAAAGACCCCUACACUGGGGAGCAGAUCUCCCUCUUCCAGGCCAUGAAGAAGGACCUCAUUGUGCGGGACCACGGCAUCCGCCUGCUGGAGGCCCAGAUCGCCACGGGUGGCAUUAUUGACCCCAUGCACAGCCACCGCCUGCCUGUGGACAUGGCCUACCAACUCGGCUACUUUGAUGAGGAGAUGAACCGUGUCCUAGCGGACCCAAGUGAUGACACCAAGGGCUUCUUUGACCCCAACACCCACGAGAACCUCACCUACCUGCAGCUGCUAGAGCGCUGUGUGGAAGACCCUGAGACAGGCCUGCGCCUCCUGCCACUCACAGAUAAGGCUGCCAAGGGUGGGGAGCUGGUCUACACAGACUCAGAGGCCCGGGAUGUCUUCGAGAAGGCCACCGUGUCUGCACCAUUCGGCAAGUUCCAGGGCAAGACAGUGACCAUCUGGGAGCUCAUUAACUCGGAGUACUUCACGGCAGAGCAGCGGCGGGACCUGCUGCGGCAGUUCCGCACGGGCCGGAUCACAGUGGAGAAGGUCAUCAAGAUUGUUAUCACAGUGCUGGAGGAGCAGGAGCAGAAGGGCCAGCUCUACUUCGAGGGCCUACGCACCCUGGUGCCUGCUGCUGAGCUACUGGAGAGUAGGGUCAUUGACCAUGACCUCUACCGCCAGCUACAGCGAGGUGAGCGCUCAGUGCGAGAGGUGGCUGAGAUGGACGCCGUGCGGCACGCUUUGCGGGGUGCCAACGUCAUUGCAGGCAUAUGGCUGGAGGAGGCGGGGCAGAAGCUAAGUAUCUACGAGACCCUGAAGAAAGACCUGCUGCAGCCAGACGUGGCUGUGGCCCUGCUAGAGGCCCAGGCCGGCACUGGGCACAUCAUCGACCCUGCCACCAGCGCCCGGCUGACCGUGGACGAGGCAGUGCGUGCUGGCCUCGUAGGCCCUGAGCUGCACGAGAAGCUGCUGUCAGCUGAGAAGGCUGUGACAGGCUAUAGGGACCCCUACACAGGGCAGAGCGUCUCCCUAUUCCAGGCCCUGAAGAAGGGCCUCAUCCCCCGGGAGCAGGGCCUACGCCUGCUGGAUGCUCAGCUAUCCACGGGGGGCAUUGUGGACCCCAGCAAGAGCCACCGUGUACCCCUGGAUGUUGCCUGUGCCCGGGGUUACCUGGAUGAAGAGACCAGCAGGGCCCUGUCAGCACCCAAGGACGAUACCAAGGCCUACCGUGACCCCAGCACACAGGAGCCCGUCACGUAUGGCCAGCUCCAGCAGCGGUGCCGGCCCGACCAGCUGACCGGGCUGAAGCUGCUGUCACUCUCAGAGAAGGCUGCACGAGACCGGCAGGAGGAGCUCUACUCUGAGCUCCAGGCCCGUGAAACCUUUGAGAAAACGACAGUCGAGGUCCCUGUAGGUGGCUUCAAGGGCAAGACAGUGACCAUCUGGGAGCUCGUCAGCUCUGAGUACUUCACGGCAGAGCAGCGGCAGGAGCUGCUGCGGCAGUUCCGCACAGGCAAGGUCACUGUGGAAAAGGUCAUCAAGAUCAUCAUCACCAUUGUAGAGGAGGUGGAGACUCUGCGGCGGGAGAGGCUGUCCUUCAGCGGCCUCCGGGCUCCUGUACCAGCAAGCGAGCUCCUGGCUGCCGGGGUCCUCAGCAGAGCCCAGUUCGAGCAGCUCAAGGAUGGCAAGACAUCUGUCAAGGACCUCUCAGAGCUGGGCUCUGUGCGGACGCUGCUGCAGGGCAGUGGCUGCCUUGCUGGCAUCUACUUGGAGGACUCUAAGGAGAAGGUGACCAUCUAUGAGGCCAUGCGCCGGGGCCUGCUCAGACCCAGCACAGCCACGCUCCUGCUUGAGGCGCAGGCAGCCACCGGCUUUCUGCUGGACCCCAUACGGAACCAGCGCCUGUACGUCAAUGAGGCUGUGAAGGCUGGUGUUGUGGGCCCUGAGCUGCACGAGAAACUUCUGUCAGCUGAGAAGGCUGUCACUGGCUACAAGGACCCCUACUCAGGCUCCACCAUUUCCCUCUUUCAGGCCAUGAAGAAGGGCCUGGUCCUCAGGGACCAUGGCAUCCGCCUGCUAGAGGCCCAGAUCGCCACGGGUGGCAUCAUCGACCCUGUGCACAGCCACCGUCUGCCCGUGGACGUGGCCUACCAGCGCGGCUACUUUGACGAGGAAAUGAACCGCGUCCUGGCAGACCCGAGCAAUGACACCAAGGGCUUCUUCGACCCCAACACGCACGAGAACCUCACCUACCUGCAGCUGCUGGAGCGCUGCGUGGAAGACCCUGAGACAGGCCUGCGCCUCUUGCCGCUAAAAGGGGCGGAGAAGGCCGAGGUGCUGGAGACCACGCAGGUGUACACAGAGGAGGAGACACGGAAGGCGUUUGAGGAGACACAGAUUGACAUCCCUGGUGGUGGUGGCCAUGGAGGCUCUACCAUGACCCUGUGGGAGGUGAUGCAGUCAGACUUGAUACCUGAGGAGCAGCGGGCCCGGCUGAUGGCUGACUUCCAGGCUGGCCGGGUGACCAAGGAGCGCAUGAUCAUUAUCAUCAUCGAGAUCAUCGAGAAGACGGAGAUCGUGCGCCAGCAGAACCUGGCCUCCUAUGAUUACGUGCGCCGCCGCCUCACUGCCGAGGACCUGUACGAGGCCCGGGUCAUCUCCCUCGAGACCUACAACCUGCUCCGGGAGGGCACCAAGAGCCUUCGUGAGGCCCUCGAGGCAGAGUCCGCCUGGCACUACCUCUAUGGCACAGGCUGUGUGGCUGGUGUCUAUCUGCCUGGCUCUAGGCAGACGAUGACCAUCUACCAGGCCCUCAAGAAGGGGUUGCUGAGUGCUGAGGUGGCGCGCUUGCUGCUGGAGGCACAGGCGGCCACGGGCUUCCUGCUGGACCCAGUGAAGGGUGAGCGGCUGACCGUGGAUGAGGCUGUGCGGAAGGGCCUGGUGGGCCCUGAGCUGCACGACCGGUUGCUCUGGGCUGAGCGGGCAGUUACUGGCUACCGAGACCCGUACACCGAGCAGACCAUCUCGCUGUUCCAGGCUAUGAAGAAGGAGCUGAUCCCUGCUGAGGAGGCCCUGCGGCUGCUGGACGCCCAACUGGCCACAGGUGGCAUUGUGGACCCUCGCCUAGGCUUCCACCUCCCACUGGAGGUGGCUUACCAACGAGGCUACCUCAACAAGGACACACAUGACCAGUUGUCGGAGCCCAGCGAUGUGCGCAGCUACGUGGACCCCUCUACUGAUGAGCGCCUCAGCUAUACGCAGCUGCUCAGGCGGUGCCGCCGUGACGAGAACAGCGGCCAGCUGCUCCUGCCACUCUCAGAUGCCCGUAAGCUGACCUUCCGCGGUCUGCGCAAGCAGAUCACUGUGGAGGAGUUGGUGCGCUCACAGGUCAUGGAUGAGGCCACAGCGCUGCAGCUGCAGGAGGGCCUGGCCUCCAUCGAGGAGGUCACUAAGAACCUGCAGAAGUUCCUCGAGGGCACCAGCAGCAUUGCUGGUGUCUUUGUCGACGCCACCAAAGAGCGGCUGUCAGUGUACCAAGCCAUGAAGAAAGGCAUUAUUCGCCCUGGCACAGCCUUUGAGCUCCUAGAGGCACAAGCAGCCACUGGCUAUGUCAUCGACCCCAUCAAGGGACUCAAGCUGACUGUGGAGGAAGCCGUGCGUAUGGGCAUUGUGGGCCCCGAGUUCAAGGACAAGUUGCUGUCAGCUGAGCGCGCCGUCACUGGCUACAAGGACCCCUAUUCCGGGAAGCUCAUCUCCCUCUUCCAGGCCAUGAAGAAGGGCCUGAUCCUGAAGGACCAUGGCAUCCGCCUGCUGGAGGCCCAGAUCGCCACGGGUGGCAUCAUUGACCCUGAGGAGAGCCACCGACUGCCCGUGGAGGUGGCCUACAAGCGUGGCCUCUUUGACGAGGAGAUGAAUGAGAUCCUGACUGAUCCCUCAGAUGACACCAAGGGCUUCUUUGACCCCAACACAGAAGAGAAUCUCACCUACCUGCAGCUGAUGGAGCGCUGCAUCACUGACCCCCAGACAGGCCUGCGCCUCCUGCCACUGAAGGAGAAGAAGCGGGAACGGAAGACAUCCUCCAAGUCCUCAGUGCGCAAGCGCCGUGUGGUGAUCGUGGACCCCGAGACAGGCAAAGAGAUGUCAGUAUAUGAGGCUUACCGUAAGGGCCUGAUCGAUCACCAGACGUACCUGGAGCUAUCCGAGCAGGAGUGCGAGUGGGAAGAGAUCACCAUCUCUUCCUCGGAUGGUGUGGUCAAGUCCAUGAUUAUUGACCGCCGUUCUGGCCGCCAGUAUGACAUCGACGAAGCCAUUGCCAAGAACCUCAUCGACCGCUCGGCACUGGACCAGUACCGUGCUGGCACGCUCUCCAUCACUGAGUUCGCAGACAUGCUCUCGGGCAAUGCCAGCGGCUUCCGCUCCCGCUCCUCCUCGGUGGGUUCUUCCUCCUCCUACCCCAGCAGCCCUGCCGUUGCCAGGACCCCGCUGGCCUCCUGGUCCGACCCCACUGAGGAGACGGGCCCAGUGGCCGGUAUCCUGGACACGGAGACCCUGGAGAAGGUGUCCAUAACGGAGGCCAUGCACCGCAACCUGGUUGACAACAUCACAGGCCAGCGGCUGCUGGAGGCGCAGGCCUGCACUGGGGGCAUCAUCGACCCCAGCACCGGCGAGCGCUACCCUGUCACUGAGGCUGUCAACAAGGGCCUGGUGGACCGCAUCAUGGUGGAUCGCAUCAACCUGGCCCAGAAGGCCUUCUGCGGCUUUGAGGACCCGCGCACCAAGACCAAGAUGUCAGCCGCCCAGGCCCUAAAGAAAGGUUGGCUGUACUACGAGGCAGGCCAGCGCUUCCUGGAGGUGCAGUACCUGACGGGUGGCCUGAUUGAGCCCGACACGCCAGGUCGCGUGCCUCUCGACGAGGCCCUUCAGCGUGGUACCGUGGAUGCCCGUACAGCCCAGAAGCUUCGUGACGUUGGCGCCUACUCCAAGUACCUCACCUGCCCCAAGACCAAGCUCAAGAUCUCCUACAAGGAUGCACUGGACCGCAGCAUGGUGGAGGAGGGCACGGGGCUGCGGCUGCUGGAGGCUGCUGCCCAGUCCAGCAAGGGCUAUUAUAGCCCCUAUAGCGUCAGCGGCUCUGGCUCCACUGCCGGCUCCCGCACCGGCUCCCGCACCGGCUCCCGGGCUGGUUCCCGCCGUGGCAGCUUCGACGCUACUGGCUCUGGCUUCUCCAUGACCUUCUCUUCCUCCUCCUACUCCUCCUCGGGCUAUGGCCGCCGCUACGCCUCAGGGCCCUCGGCCUCCCUGGGGGGGCCUGAGUCAGCAGUGGCCUGAGCCCCUGCCUGCACCCUGCCCUCGCGCUCUGCAUGUGGCCAGGCUCCCCGUCGAGGCGCUGGGGUCUUUCUUUAAUGUUUAAAUGUGUCUUCCUCCCAAGUGGUGCCUAAAAUUUAACCAAAAAGACCAGACUAACAUAUUAAUAUAUAUCUGCUGUCCAGACAGCCUGUAUCUUGGGGGACAGGGUUGGCCCAGCCCCACUGACCACCUCACCCUUGUGGGUCUCUCCACUCCCUUCUACCUGCCACUCAUCACAGCCAGGUGCCUUGGAGGGUCCAGAGCUGGGCCCUAGCCCACCCCUCCUGUCUCCCCAGGGAGGGUUCUGUCUGGGCGAGACCCCCAGCCGCAUAAAGUGGCCCACUGGACGCCCACCUGCCAGUUCUAGCUGCCAAGGGCAGCUGGUGCCAGUCCUAUACACAGGGCCCUUGGCCAGCAUUUUCUUCCCAGUGUUUCCAGGACUGGCCUGCUCAGUGGGCCUUGCUGGGGAGGGAGGCGGUCCCGGGCCAGCCAUCUUUUCCUGCCUGCUCAGAGAAGCCCCUUCCCCAUGGGAAGACGAGGAGCCAGCUGGCCCAGGCUAGGUCCCAGCCUGGUCCCGUCCCCUCCCAGCUCCUGCAGCGCCCUCUGAGCUCUGCCUUCUAGCUCACCCCCCGCCCCCACACACUCCUGUGACCCCUGGCCUCUGGCUUCAGCCUUCCAGCCUCAGCUCCCCUAGUAAGUGCCUUCUGUGUCUGCCCUCGAACCCCAGGCCCCGAGGACCCAGAUCUAGGGUGGGAGACCGAUGUUCCCGGCUGGGCAUGGCCCGAGAUUCUAUCGACCUGUCCUUUCUGUGGGCCCUGUGGAACCCUAUCCUGGGGGCCUGCCUGCCUGUCCCAGGGAGCCCCAGCCCCACAUCAUGUGGCCCAGGGAUGCUGCUGGGCUAUCUGCACUGACACCCCAGUGCCAUCCAGCCCCUGGCCUUGGUGGCCCCUAUCCCUGCCUCCACCCUCUGAGCUUUGCAUGUUCCACUAACCCAGGUAGGCAGCAGGUGGAGGUGCCAGGCUGCUGGCUGCCUCUGUGAGGGCAGAACACUAACCUGACCAUGGGUGGGGGGCUCUGUGGCCCCCACCCCACAAUAAAAGCAAUUCCAACCUU